ACCUACUCGUUAGAAACCACGUGACCAGUGGGAGCGUAAAGAUGGUUGCCAUUGUCAGCAAGUCAAAUCUGGAUCGAUUGAGAAGUUUUUGUUUUUUAAACCCAAUGUUUCGUCAUAAAAGCAUCCGUGAAUUAAAAUUCUUGUUUGUUAUCGUUUGUGUGUUGAUGAGCCAGACGUUGGCAGACGAGCAGGACUUCAUGGAGGAUUUUUUGAAACGAGAAUAUUCACUGGCAAAGCCAUACCGGGGAUUGGGUUUUUCUAGUUCUUCACAGUGGGAUCUGAUGGGCACUGCCAUGGUUACACCAGACCAUGUGAGGCUGACCCCAGACCUACAGAGCAGACAGGGAGCGGUCUGGAGUCGAAUUCCAUUGAACUUGCGGGACUGGGAGCUCAAGGUGCACUUUAAAAUCCACGGCCAAGGAAAAAAGAAUUUUAAUGGUGAUGGACUGGCUAUCUGGUUAACCAAAGAUCGCAUGCAGAAUGGUUCUGUAUUUGGAAAUAUGAACUACUUCAUUGGACUUGGAAUAUUUGUGGACACAUACCCCAAUGCAGACAAAAGCCAUGAUAGGGGGUUCCCGUAUAUAUCAGUGAUGCUUGGGAAUGGGACUCUGUCAUAUGACCAUGAUCGAGAUGGGCGGCCCACUGAGCUUGGAGGAUGCACGGCAAUGGCACGCAACACAAUCUACGACACGUUUCUCCUUGUUAGAUACUCCAACAAGAGACUCACGCUCAAGGUGGAUGUAGAUGGUAAGCAGGAAUGGAAGGACUGUGCUGAUAUCACAAGACUGCAUCUACCAACAGGCUACUUCUUAGGUGCCUCCUCUGCCACUGGUGACCUGUCAGAUAACCAUGACAUCAUCUCGAUGAAGCUGUACCAGCUGACGGUAGAGAGGACUACUGAGUUGGAGGACGAGGAGGAGGUCACCAUCCCCGUGGUUGACAAUAUGGAACAGUUUCAAGUGGAAGUCCAGGAGGAAGGGAUGAGCGGGAUCCAGUUCUUCUUCACCAUAGUCUUUUCUGUUCUGGGCCUGGGUGUGCUGGCAGUAGUAGGACUGAUGAUUUAUGCACGCUGGAAGGAAAACAGACAUAAACGGUUCUAUUGAUCAGAGAACAUUUUAAGACUUUUUAGCUUUUCUGAACCAUACAGUCAAAUCAACUCCAUGAACAACCUCAUGGGCCUGAAGCCCAGAGCCAAGAAACAUAACAGCUAAGAUGGAACAGGGGAGGAGAUACUGAACAAGUGAGCCAGCUGUGAUCUUUUUCCUUAUGUGUUGUGGAAGAUGGGUGAGAGAAAACUGCUUUGGUAUUUUUUGUUUUGUUUUGUUUAAAUCAUCUAAUUUCUACCUAAAGCAUUGCACAGUAGGUCUGCAACUACUGCACUGAUCAAGACACUGUAGAUUUGACAUAUGAUCGUACAUAGGAUGCAGAGAUGAACAAAAAUGUCAGAAUCAAUCAUGCCGUGUGUAGUUUACUGACAUCCUGUUAUGGCAUUGUAGUACUAAAGUUUAUUGUGUAGUUCAACAUGUGCCACUUGUUGCAUCCAAUGUGCAGCAUUAAUCUGACUGUAGCUGCUAUGAAAACCAAUCAACCUGUGGAUCAUUCUAGAGUUCUUCUUGCUGCACAAGUACAAUUGUAUUGAGCUCCCAUGAAUUUAUGAGCGCCUUAUGAGCCAAGUUAUGCUCUUGCAUCAACUUUUCAUUUUUCUUUACAUGAUUUUUUUUACUAGCUGUUCGUAAAUGUAUGAUUGAUGAGACAUAAUGCUGUAAGAUGUACAUUAACGGUCCUAGUCCUUUUUGCACCUCCCCUGUUAUUUCUAUGAGACAUCACAGGUUAUUUGGCUUCAUUUACUUUCUCAAUUUAUUAACAGUUCUCAGUGGAUGUCAAGGCUUGUCCAAAGUCUGUCACUGUUGUGCACCAAAUAAAAUGUUUAGCACCAGGACCCAUAUUAACAAAGUCAAACAUUUUCUGUGGCACUGAAUUUCAUCACAUUUCUGUUCAUAGAAGCCUUUGAUUAUUUCAUCUUUUUGAUUUUUGAUUGUGUUUUUCCAUCUUGCUCUACCAUGCUCUGAAUUGAAUAUCCACAUGCAUAUUAAGUCAAAUGUUUGCGUAAAUUGAACAGUGUUCCAAUAUGAAUGCUGUUUAAUUGUCUAACCUGGAAUAUAACUGCUGUCAUCAUACGAGCUCUUGCCUUACAGCCAGUGCAUGCAGUUGUCUCGUUCUGGCUAUGUUGCAGUUGUCGGAAAGAAUUCACUUAAUAGCCUGUUUGCCAAAUGUCCAUCAAACUGGUUCAGACAGGUGGAGCUUUUGCUCUAGAGAAAUUAUCUGACGGAGUAGAGAGGGGAUUCGGGUCAUAAUGGUCAGGGUUACAUGUUUUUGUUAAGGGGGUGUGAAGACGCCAGAACAGGGUGUUAAGAUUCUCUAUAAUGAUUGUAGAUGGAAUGAAAUAGAUGUAUUUAAUUUGUACAGUUUUCUUUAUGUACACAACUAACAUUUUCUUUCCGUAGCAAGCCAGGAAAUGCUACAGUCUCCCUGGUUUUUCUUUUGUUACAUUGAUUCCAAGUUGGGAUGGCGUGCAAACCAAUUGUAAAACAGUAAGUGGCAUAUUUUGCUAAUCCCUCUAUAUGCAAUUUAAAAACAGUAAAAAUAUAUCUAAUGUUUGA